UUUUAGUAGACACAUGAAAGUGAUGGCAUCUGCACGUUUUGUAAGAUUAUUGGUGCUCGGUCUGUGGGCAGUGGUCAGCUGUGCAGUGGCUCAGCCCUCGGGUCGUAUUUGGGGUGGUGAGGAGGCCAGCAAAGACGACUUCCCCUUUGUGGCAUCUGUGCGUCUGGAUGGAAGUCAUGUGUGUGGUGGUUCCAUUAUUGGCAGCAAGUCGAUAUUGACUGCAGCCCAUUGCUUGCAGGAGAAGGGGCAAACCGUCGCCACUGAUCGCUUGUCUGUCCGCGUGGGCAGCAUAAAUCAAUUCUCUGGUGGUUCUUUGGUUUACAUUGCUUCAAUUAAUCUGCAUCCCGAUUAUUCAGGCGUCAAAAACGACAUUGCCGUUCUGACUUUGGAGAAUACUUUAGUUUGGACUGAUCGCAUCAGGAGCAUUAACUUGGCCACUAACUCAGAAGAACUACCUGCUGUAGGCGCCUCUGUUACAGUGGCUGGAUGGGGUGAACAAUUGGACUCUGAAUCUGCCUUUAAACUUAACGCUUUGAGUUUUAAUGUUGACAGUGCAGAGUCCUGCAUCAAUGCCUAUAGCGAUGCCGAUGAUUCCAUUAUAUGUCUGGCCCAUCCCUUGAAGAAGGGCAGCUGUUAUGGUGAUGCUGGUAAUGGUGCAACCUUCAACAACAGAUUGGUGGGUGUCAACAACUUUGUUGUGGGAGCUUGUGGUUCCCGUUACCCUGAUGUCUUUGCCAGUGUGGCCCAUUUUGCUCCAUGGAUUCAAUCAGUUUUGGCUUGAGAUUGUUUGUAAAUAGAAUGUGGAAUUUUGUACAUAACUUUAGAAUAUAGUAAAAUAACACCGGAGGCAGCAAUAAAACAUGUUUAAGUCAAAUAUA